CUAUCCACUCACUCACUACCUUCUUUACAUCUAAUCGUAAUCACAGAAAUCUGUAAACCUAACCUCAAAAAAACCAAAUCUCAGAUAAUUUUCAAUCUUCUUCUUCAAAAAUGGGCAGGAAAUUCUUCGUCGGAGGCAACUGGAAAUGCAACGGGACUUCAGGAGAGGUGAAGAAGAUAGUAGAAACUCUCAAUGCAGGGAAGAUCCCAUCAACUGAUGUUGUUGAGGUUGUGGUCAGUCCUCCAUAUGUUUUCCUUCCCGUGGUGAAAAGCUCAUUGAGGCCUGAAAUCCAAGUUGCUGCCCAGAAUUGUUGGGUUAAGAAAGGUGGCGCCUACACCGGUGAAGUUAGUGCGGAGAUGCUUGCUGACCUAGAUAUUCCAUGGGUCAUCCUCGGUCACUCUGAAAGGAGGGCUUUGCUAAAUGAGUCCAAUGAGUUUGUUGGGGACAAGGUUGCAUACGCUCUCUCAAAAGGUUUGAAGGUCAUAGCUUGUGUUGGAGAAACCCUUGAACAACGGGAAGCUGGCACCACUAUGGAAGUUGUUGCUGCACAAACAAAAGCAAUUGCCGACCGAGUAACCGACUGGACAAACGUAGUUGUUGCUUAUGAGCCAGUAUGGGCUAUUGGAACUGGGAAAGUUGCAUCUCCAGAGCAGGCUCAGGAGGUACAUUGUGAAUUGAGAAAAUGGCUCGCUGCCAAUGUCAGUUCUGAUGUUGCUUCCACCACAAGAAUUAUCUAUGGAGGUUCAGUUAACGGUGCUAAUUGCAAGGAGCUGGCUGCUAAGCCUGAUGUUGAUGGUUUCUUGGUUGGGGGAGCCUCUCUAAAGCCGGAAUUCAUCGACAUUAUCAAUUCUGCUACUGUCAAGAGUGCUUAAGUCUAUGGUGUCUGAAAAAGCUUCAGUCAGGAGCUGCAUUCAAGGGCGAUUUUUUUUUGAAGCUGCUUUUGAGAGAAUAAACUAGAAUCUGAAUCUCUGUAUUUUGGCUUACCAGUAGCGUUUGGCUAUCAUGUAGUGGAAAUAACAAUCUGAUGUUGAACUAUUUCACUGGAUGACUAUUACCCAGUCUCAUUAUCUGUGUAAUCUUUAAAUAAUUUCUCUGUCCAGUUUGAAGAUUUGACUCGGCCUCUAAAAGAUACGAGUACAUUUUUGGA